UUAUUUUACAAAAUGGCUGAACUGUAAAGACGUGUAUUUUCUAAAUAUCGUUACAAUGGAGCUAACAAACGAUUAUUAUUCUCAAGAAAUCGAAUUUACAAGUUAUUCGGACGUUACAGACAUCGUCAAUUGUGGUGAUACAGUGUGUAGCGCGAUUAACAAAGUGAAUAUUUGUGACUCGGGACCGCGGAAUCCCCGAAGUGUUGGAGUAAAUUACAAGUGCUCUAGAACCACUCACAAGCCUUUCCCUGAUUAUAUUGAGUGUAGAUUUUACGUUUUGAACAUGUACGCGUGAAUUAAAAUGGCUUAGCAUCCUCUUUGAUAUUGUAAAGUUAUUGUAUUUUUGUAAAAAUGGAUAAUUUUAGUGGUAGUCUUAUGCGUAAUAGGCGCAACCUUCUAGACAUAAAAGGUUUCACUCCGAACCAUUUUCCUAGAUCUAAUUAUUCGACUGACGCUCAUAUAAAGUCAGAAAUGAAGCAUACGUUUGAAGACGAUUUGUUUCGCAACUUCCAUCUACUAUCCGAUCCGUUGAAGAAAAAUUUGGCCGAUUCUGUGAUAACAGGCGUGGAAAAAAAGAAAAAUAUGUUAGAAACAAAGGAGUAUGCAACGCAGGAGGCUGUUAAGCCUCCAAACACUCAAAGAACGGAUUAUUAUCCAUCACUGGCUGGAAUUACAAAUUUCUUUUCCGGAGUUCUCAACAUAAUGGGUACUAUUUUUCAUAAACGCGCGAGUUCUCCCGCUUCACAGUACUACGAUAGUUUUGAUAGUGAUUACGAUGACCAGCAGUUGGCGCCGUCGAUAAUAUGGCAGACUUCCAACUUUGAGGUUCAAAAUAAAAAUGAACAAGCAGACAUGCUGUUUGAAAGUAACAAUGAUUCUCAUACAAAUUUGGAUUCAGAUAUGAACGUUGAUUGUAGAACAGCUGCCACCCAUUGUGAAAAGAAAUUAAAUGAAGUAAGACUUCUACUCAGUAAUGAAAAUAAACAAAAUGUUCAAAAUUCGAAAAGCAGUAAGUAUUCAAGAAGACCAAAGAAAGCUUUCAUAGAAGCCAGUUCUGUAGAAGAAAGCUUUGAAGAUGCUUUCUCGCCAGAAAACUUUCUACAUCUCCCAAAUGAUACAUUUAUAGAAUACUACAGUCCGUUUAGUUAUCACGAUGAAUUAUUGGUUGUGUCAGAUGCCCCACGAAUAAAGACUGAUUUGAAUGUUUUCAGUUCUAUAGACAUUACUAAAAAUCUACAAGAAGAUACGGAAAAUAAACCUUCAGAGACAAAAAAAAAUUUAAACACUGAAAACUGUUUAAAAGAUGAAAUCAUCCUGACUAAAACAAACGAUGAAGUUGUGUCGUCAUGUGAGGAUAAAAUUAGUAAACUCAAAGCUUUGUUACAGUCAAAAUGUCAUAAGUCUACAACCAAAGAAACAAAUAAAGAAGUAGAUAUAACAGCACCUAUUGCCAUACCAAGCCCAGAACUUCCAAUUGAAACUGUAUUUGGUUCAGAAAUUAAUUCAUCGGGCAUACAAAAUUCAAAUAGUUCUCAAAACAGUGAUUAUUUCAACGAAGUAACUGGGAAAUUUAAUUCUUCAUCAGUUGAGAGUGAAGAUUCGUUUCAAAUAGUCUUUACCGAUAGCCCAAAGAAUUGCAGAAAGCGGUUAUCAUCUGAUUGUGAGUCUGAAGACUCUUUUAUUGUAUUUGAAGAAUCGCCAGAUAGCUGUUACACGUCGAAUGAAGUGUUCGGAGAUGAAAUUGAUCUGGAUAAUGAUAGCUCAGAUGCUGACUCUAAUUACGAUGAAGAUUCUGGGUGUGGGGCUACGUGUAAAUUAUCACCAAAUCUGUCUAGGACGUUUUGUGAUUUGACAGACAAUAGCUUAUAUAGCCAGGAUGUUGUGGACAGUGUGCAAAUGAGUGCACCCAGUGCGGUGACAAAGGAAAAGACGGGGUUACUUCUCGAUGAAACAAGAAAGAAUCAAAAGAAGAAACUACCAGCUAAGAAGGUCCACUUUUCAACAUUGCCACCAAAGGUGCACGUGAUGAGGGUCUGGGCGUUUGCAGCGCGUCAGGCCAGGGCCGGGCACUGGGAGAGGCACGCGCUUGACCGGGAGAGAUUCAAGAGGAGGAUAGCGGAUGUAGAAAUGGCAAUAUCGUGGGUUCUCAAGCCCCAACAUCGUGCAAGAGUCAUAUUCCAAAGAUUCAGACCGUGGUGGAAUGCGCAGAAGCGGAAAGAAUUAGCGGAGAAGAAAGAAAUAGAAGAAAGAGAGAAGAGCCUCAAAUUGCAAACAGAAGAUCAAAAAGACGCAGAUAAUUGUAAGUUAAUUAAUAAAUCAGACGUUAACGGCAGUAAAGCUAGUUUAGACGAAAGCACAGGUUCAGAUAAAACAGAUUAUGAUCAGAACGAAGGACAAAUUGUUAAAAUUUCUAGUGACAUUACAACAGCAAAUGUUGAUCAAGGUUAUAUUCUAAACAACAACACAACUCAAGAGAAAUGUAAAAAUACAGAAUUGCCCGUCGAUGGGUACAUUUUUAAAUCACCGAAUAAUGAUAAUGAUAGGGGUCGAAAUGAUUUAAAUACUCAAGCUUAUAAUAAUGAUAGCAAUGACUUUGUUUAUUCGAAUGAAAUAAAUAAUUCUAAUGAAACAACAAAUAAUGAUAUGUUGUUUAUUAAAAUAGGUGAUUUGUUAAUAACGGACGGCCGUGUUGAUACUUGACGAAUUAUAAACGUUUUAAAGAAGUCAUUCUUUCUAUAGCAGAAGUUGAUAUUCUAAAUGAUAAUGGUCCCUAAUGUCAUAUUGAUAAAACCAUAUCAAUGCUAAAUAUCUUUGAUAACGGCCAAUUACGAACUUCGAUCACACAAUAAUCCUGUCCUACCUACGUUUACAAUACAGAGAAAUGUGUUUUAUGCUAUAAAAAGGUAUAUUGACGGCUUCGCUAGUGAUCAUGAAAGAAUAGUUACACUGAUAUUUCAUCUCUUUCUGCCCACAUCAGUGAUUUGACCACAAAUCGAGUAGGCUAGAUGAAUGGAAAUCAAGCUUGUCAUCUUUUCUGCCGACGACGUCACCUCAGCCGCUCAUGAACAUCAUGAAUGAUUUCAAAAUUAAUUACAGCUAUUUGAGCAACAAAAUUACUUACCAGUGGUAAUACUUCCAUUGGCUAAUUCUUCCCUACAAGAGUUCUUACAAUUUAUAACAGAACAAUUACACGAACCCAAACUAAAGUAUCAUCUAGCUUACUCUAAACCUGUGGUAUUGUCACAUUAAAGAAAAGACUUAAAUUUGAAUCAAAACAAUGUUAGAUUUAUUUAUCUUUUAGAUAUAGAAGUGUUAUACUUUCCUUAGUGAGUGUCAAUAAUUUAGCAACGGUCAGGAAAAAAAUUCCUCUGUCUUGGGAAAGACCGGAAGAUAUUCAGACUGUGUAACUAUACAACCAAUAUUUAAUGUUUGAGGAGGAAGGGAGGAGGGGGUGCGCUUGGGGCUGCUAGAGUGUUUCAAACUUACUCGAGGAUCAAAAAGCCUCGACUGGAAUUCAAAUUCUCGAAUUCUUAAUGUUUGAUUGGCGGAUAUAUAAACGAUAAUUGCAGAUAUAGGAAAAAUCUGAACCAAUUAAAACUAGCGAAACGAAACGUUUAACA